AUGCCGCUCUGUACAAUCGAUGAUUUUGAAAGAGAAGUACUAAUUUUGCAGAGCGAAGCCCCGGAUUUUUACGCGGACUCAGACGCUCCGUACGCGUCGGCGGUACAAAACCGCGAAUUCGGUGUAUUCGUCUUCUAUCAAGCAGAUAUAGACGGUAUAUGUGCGCUAUUCAUAUUAGAGCAUCACAAGAGACUCAGUCAUGGACUGAAGUUGACCAGCUACCCCGUGAACGGCGAAGCGGACAUAUAUAGCUACAUCAAAAAGAACCUAAGCAUACGCUCGGCAUACCCAGAUGUGCAGCAUGAAGGUUACGUCAGAGUUGUUCUAUUGGCUGUCCAUGGCUGGGACCCUCAAGUGCUAUACGCCAUCAAGGUGCACUUCUCACACCAACUCCCCGAAAAACGACGGGGAGAUCUGAAAAUAUGCGUCGUACCGGCAUCACGGCCGUUGAAUUUCUUCAACGUUUCAUUCGAUGCAGACUGGUAUUUUUUCGUGGCUAACGAUCAGGAAGUGGCAUUCGAACAAUCAAUCCAAGAUCGUGAAGUUGUUGGUGGCAUAUACACUACUACCUCAGUAGCCUCCAUCAUCGCAUCAGUCACCAAAACGGUACAUGAGUCCAGCCGCGCUGCGAUUCUCUAUGCGUCAGCGGUGGCUAUUAUAAGUCGCAUAGAACACUACAUAUCACUGGACUCCUCUGUGAACUCGCAAAUCACGAAGCUAUUUCAGGAAAUAUCGAUGCUGGAUGGAGGGCCGUAUAUCCAAUAUGACUCCGAACGCACCGCACUACCACUCAUCUCUUUCAUGUCAUUGGAAGAGGCGCUCAGAGUUAGCCCAUACGUCUUCAUGUAUGACCCUUUGCGCAAGGAUGCACCGGCCCAGCUUCGAAUUCACUGUAACCUCAUGAUGGACGAGUUUACAUCCGAGUUCUGCAAUCUCGACCCAAAACGCCAGCCCCAGGUGUUGCGAAAGAUUAACGGGCGUAUUAAACGUGUUGAUCGCUCACAGCUAUUAUGGAUAAGGCGCACGUGUAAUAUGCCUUGUGUGGACAUGGUGUACAUUCUCAUCGCAAUAUUCGUAGGAUGGUUAAACAAGGAAAACGAGUCGACCGUGGACACCGCUCCUGUCAUUGCAUCGGAUUUCAUGUACAAUAUAUUAACAGAUCGCAUGUCGCAGGAGUCUUAUUACGACAAGGUCAUUAUGACGCAGCUAAAACAGAAGACUGCACAGAUGAUCCUGUGCGCAUAUGAUGUGAUUGCCUCCUCGAAGAUCAAGUCUAGGAUGUUCGGAACACACAAAGUGCUCUUUACGACACUAUACCCGAAACAUAAUAUGGAGCAUGUCGACGAACUGCGGUUCAUAGGGUUCAUGAUAUCGAGUUUGCAUUCGCGUGGGAACACUGCAGAAGGGCUUUGCAGGGUUUUGCUGUUCAUCAAAAACACAGGAUCAAACGGCAUACUAGCAUAUGGCUACUCCCCUGAAGUAAACGCCAGCUUCCCCGAUAUAUGGGCACUGGUAUUUCGUUCUUUGGCUCAUGACGAUCAAUCGUUCGUCUUCGAUGUGUUCCGGCCCACGUGUUUGGAUAUUCGAUCUGUGGACGAGAAUACGGCUAAGAACAGAAUCACUGAACGCCUACGCAUCGCACUGGAGGCUAAGCAGGUGUCUUAUCUUACCGAUAGCGAGGAACUCAGUGACGAGGAAGAGGCUUCUUUCGCAGGUAGCGAAGCCGGGUCACUGUAG